ACUAUUUUUUGAAUUCACAAUUUUUUUAUUUGAUUUUUUUCAAAUAUCUUUUGAAAAAUAAUAAAUAUUUGGUAAAAUUAUAUAUGAUCAAAAUAUUGUUCAGUUUUAUUUUAUUGCAAUAUAAAUAUCACCUAAAAUUCAUGCUUCUAGACCACAAUACACGCUUAAGCCUGUGCGAGGCGGUGCAUCAUAUGAGACACUUUCUCUCAUUCCAAUCCCAAUAAGUUUUUAAUUUGAACUUGUCACAAUCGACUACGUAUGCUGAAUCCUUAUAGAAUCUACAAGAGUUUCUGAAAAAGGAAGCGAGGGUAAGGCUAUUUUGACAGUCUACGGCAGGACAGGCUAUUUAACAUCUCGUCUCCGCAAUCUUUUGGUUCAAACAAUAUUAAAAUCUAAACAAAACAAAGCUUUUGAGAAUAUUCUGGUUGGCGAAGAAUUUCCUGAAUUUAGGUACAUUAGUUUUUGAAUUUUCCACGUACUUAAAAAUUACAUAAUUGACCAACACUGAAUUAAUAAAUUCGUUUAUACAUGUCAAUGUCACUAGAAUCACAACAGAAGAAUUUGUGAGCUGGGCAAAAGAGAUCCACGAACUGUUUCCCACGGAAUCUGUAGCAACAUACUACAUUCCAUAUACUAAGGUGCAAGGACAACGAAUUUGUGCAUCCGGGAAACUAUGGGAACAUUUCCAUUAUGUAAAAACCACACUGCAUAAGAGUGGUCUCUUACGCAACAAGCGCGGAAAUAAGACAAGCACGGUGCAAGAAGAUCGUGAAGAAAUUCUCGAAUUUACAGAUGACGAUGUUGAUAAAAUUGACUGGCUGAAAACUCAUAUUGAGCCAUGGAGUCGCGUCUCAGAAUACUGGGAUAAAACCCAUCAAAUCCGACGCCACAAUUUGAUGAGCGAUAAUACGUCUGUGACGGAUUACAUGAGAACGUACAGGUGUUUGCAGCAAGAACUGGGAGCUGAAUUGAUAUACCGUGAUUUCGAAAAACUGUAUCCUGGAAAAGGUCAGUCAUUACUGAAUAGAUGGGAUGCUAUUCGGACACGUCUUGUCGAAUUAUUACAAGGCCCCCGAAAGCCAAAAGGCUUGGAUAAUGAAUUGUUGAUUACGAAGCUAGAAAUUUCAACUCCUGAGCGUCAAGAUGGCCUAAUAUUAUACCUACUACCAACAUUAGUGAGAUCAAUACAGGUAAAAUAUCAACCAGCUAGAAAAAGAAGACGAGUUGAGGACGCCGAAAGUAGCUGUAACGGAGGAGCAAAAGCCGCAGGACGAAACAAAAGACCUUCGAUCUUGGAAUCACAGGAGGCAUUUGUUCUACACGUCCAUAACGCUGCAUCCGUGGAACCGGCGAUAGCAACUAGAAAAGAACAGCUACGGCAGCAAGGAUUGACGGCGCAACCCCAAAUCGUGCUUGUUGGACCACUAGAUGAUGUUCAAGCUAGCUAUGUUGUAGUAGAUGAUAUUAGGUAUGCUACAACUUCCCCGUUGAGAGCAUUAGACUUGAGUUUCAAACUUUUCUACGCGACCGAUUGCCAAUAUCCUCUUCAGGCAUUUCACAUCUGGCUCUUUAUUCAAAAAGUAGGAUACGAUAUCACCAACACGGGUGACAAAUUCGGUACGAAUAUGAAUUCACUUAUCGGCGAAAUUUUCUCAUCCGAUUAAGCCUUUACAUAGUCAUUAUGUCGUGUUUCUCGUGUGAGGGUAUAUUUGCUACUAACUCCGAACUCCUUCGAAAUAUACGACUUGUACAUUCAUCUUCUGCUUCGUUUAGAUCACAGAUCGUUUUGUCACAGAAGUUUUUCUUCAUUGAACUCGUUUAGUAAACACAGACUUAAAAACCAUUCACCCGAACCAUCCACUCUAUUGCCUUCUGUAGCCAUAAAAUUACCGGCUACUACUUAUCAACCAGUAAGGUCGCUCGAUCUAGAGACCGAUUCGAUUUCAGAACGGCUUGCGUCAAAUAACUUAUCACUUGACGAUGAUUGGUCUGAUGAUGGUGAUGAUGUUGAUGAUGAUGCAUGCAAUUCGAAUAUAUUCCAAUCCAAUUCAAAUAUUUCUAGUACAACUAUCGCCGGCGACACACUUUCGCAGUUAUCUGACCAUUUAGCGCAACAAGCAGGUCGUUUUGUAAGCAAGUUGUACAAUUUAUCUGAUCUACCAAGAAAAAGAGUACCGUUUAUAGUAGAGGAAGUCACUAGCCUCGCCAAUGGAAGUGCUGCGAAUAUUGUACGAGACGCGGUGCUAGAUCGUUUAAAAUCUUUGGAUGAAAGUGCGGAAAACUUAUCACAAAUAACUGCAUUGUUCGAUAGACUCCAAAGGCCAUUUCAAAAUUUCGAAGCUGAGUAUUCUUGUUUUAAACAGUUCGCAUCAUCUGGCACCUUAAUUUUACCUGAGCAAAUUCUACUUGGCCAGCGGAAUGAAUAUAAAGAAGAGAACGGCGUACGAAAAUUAAUACAUGUUCCCGUUACUGCCGAGUUUAUACGUAUUCGCCUGGUAUUUAAAAAAUUUUUCGAAAUGACGAACGUUUAUCAUGAUACGAUGACAUACAUUCAAUCCCUGUAUAAUAAUUCUGGCAUAAUUUCAAAUUUUGUACAAGGUUCAUUCUGGCAAAAAAAAAUUCAAUCAUUCGAAAAUAAGACUGUUCUGCCUCAAUUUUUGUAUUUUGAUGAUUAUGAAAACAAUAAUCCUCUUGGUAGUCGUGCUGGGAUAGGGAAAUGUGGAGCUGUAUAUUUGAGUAUACCCUGCUUGCCAGUUGAAUAUCAGUCGAAACUGGAGAAUAUUUUCUUAUUCAUCUUUUUUAAUACCAUUGAUAGAAAAGUUUUCAAAAAUAAAAUAAUAUUUUCUUCGGUCAUCGACGAGCUCAAGUUUCUUCGAACACAUGGUAUUACGGUUUCUACUUCAAGUGGGGAUGUACAGAUCUAUUUUGAAUUGGCAUUAAUAUUAGGCGACAAUCUGGGCAUGCACGGAAUGUUGGGCCUUGUCGAGUGCUUCCGAGCAAACUUUCCCUGUAGAUUUUGUUUAGUUCAAAGAGACAAAAUCAAUAGCAUUUUUGACGAAAAUUUUUGUCAGUUACGAGAUGUUGCUAAUUAUGACUAUGGCUUGGAAUUGAAUGAUGUUAGCCGUACAGGAAUUUCUGAAGAAUGUGUUUUUCAUGAACUAAAUGAUUUUCAUCUAGCUCGCAAUCUGUCGGUAGAUCCAAUGCAUGAUUUGGCUGAAGGUAUAUGUCCACGUGACGUUGCAAAGGUUUUACAUUAUUUCAUAUGUGCAGUUAAAUUAUUCAGUCUAGAAGAACUCAAUUCGAGAAUCAGAGGAUUCCAUUACAGUCUUCACGAUAAAUUUGAUAAACCACCUGACAUUACUAUUGCGCGUAUCAAACACGGUUUUUUAUCAAUGAGUUCCUCGGAAAUGUUCACUUUCGUGCGAAAUUUACCAGUAAUCAUCGGUGACUUAGUGCCGGAAGGAACUAUGCCGCACUGGCAGGUAAUCAUACAUUUAAAAGCUCU